CCGACCUACAGCCGCCGGGCCCCGAGCGGCCCCGCGUUGGGCUGCAGCCCCGCGCCCGGCCCGGACCCGAGGUUGAUGGUCCCCUGCUCGGCAGCACUGCGGGGAGAAGAUGGCUCAGCCUGCACACCUGAACCAGAACCUGCCAGAUCUCGGGGGCCCGUUCUUGUACAGGGACCAGGACGAUGGCGAGAAGAGCUCGUACUCGGUGGAAACCCCCUAUGGUUUCCUCUUGGACCUGGAUUUCCUGAAAUAUGUUGAUGACAUCGAAAGCGGCCAAACGCUCAAGAAGGUGCCGCUGCCUCGCAGGGCGAAAGGGACGCGGCCACAGCCUGGCUCACUGCGCAGCCCCAGCAGCCACCCCAGCGCCUGGACCUCCACCGAGUCCCUGGCCUCCACAUUCAGCGAGGAUGGGAGGGGUGCACUGCUGCUGUCCCCGCACGGCCGGGUCCCCGAGCCCCCCGGCAAGCAAACCUCGCUCCCCACGUCCCCACCGCCUGCGGUGCGGCUGCUCCCACCUCCUGCCCGCAAGUGCCUGGCGCGAAACCCGCAGGUGGAGAAGACCUUGCUGGAGACGAGCAGGAGGCUGGAGCAGGAGCAGAGCCGCUCGCAGCCGGGCGCCCCGAGCCAGGUGCACCCAUGGGUGCCGGCAGGGUCCGAGGGCCAGCCGGGCUCCGUGCGGAUGAGCCCCGGCAGCUCAGGGCGCAGCACUCCGGCCGCGGGGCUCGGGACGGCCCCACUGCAGCACGUGAGGGAGCAGAUGGCCGCGGCCCUGCGGCAGCUGAGGGAGCUGGAGGAGCAGGUGAAAACCAUCCCGCUGCUGGAGAUGCAGAUCUGCGAGCUGCAGCGGGAGAAGGCGAAGCUGAUGGAGAAGCUGGUGGCGGAGCCCGGCAAGGUGUUGUUGGAUCAUCCCGAUGGGAGCGAGGAGCAGCCCCACGCAGAGCCGGAGGGAGACGUGGAGCCGGCGAAGGGACGAGCGAGCAAGAUAGCAGAGCUGAGGAAGCUGACAGAGAAGCUGGCCGUGCCGGAGCGGGGCGGCCGCAGCGUGCAGGGCAAGAGCGUGGCAGCCAGGCCCAGGGCUGCAGAGAGGCAGUGCCGCUCCGUGGCGGUGGGCGAGGAGCGGGCCAUGAGCGACGCUGUCUUCUACUACCGAUCACAGCAGCAGGGCGGCGACGUGCCGGAAGGCAGGGAGCGUCGGGACGCGGCCGUGUGGGUGCUGGAGUCCUCGCUGGGCCUGGCCCCGGAGGCAGAGAGGGAGCUGGAGCUGCUGCAGCAGACGGUGGGGCACCAGAAGGACGUGAUCGCCAUGAUGGAGGGGCACCUGCGGGAGGCCACGCGCGAGCUGGAGGAGCUGCGCAUGGAGGUGUGCGCCCGGCAGCCGCGCGGCCGUGUGGACAAGGAGGUGACGGCCAGGCCGCAGGUGGCCGAGGCUGUGGUGGAGGCGGCGGUGGCCACGCAGAGCCAGGCGGCCGGAGAGAGUGUGGAGACGGCGGAUGUGGCCGUGGGCUGCGCCCCGCAGACCGCCUGCGUCGGGGUGGGCUGCCGGCCCCACGGGCGGGACGUGGCUGUGGGGCCCGAUGUGGCCGUGGGCCGUGAAGAUAAAGGCAGCCAGGCCGACGUGAGCCCCCCCAAUGCAGACCCCGUCGGUGCCGGCCCUGCUGACCCCAGCCCUGACCACGUGGGCCCCACCGGCCCAGGCUCUGCCGAUACAGGCGCUGCCGACCCACGUCCCACCAGCGUGGGCCCCGCCGUCCCAGCCUGUGAGCAGACAGAGCCCGCCGUGUGUGAGGCCGGAUGCCAGCAGCCCCCCCCAGGCAGCCCCAGUGCCCCCCCCCCGCAGCGUGCAGCAGUGCUGGGAGCCAUAGGGGCUGCCGCUCAUCCCACAGUCCUCUCGGCGGAGGUGGAGGACGGCGGCCAGGAGCCGGCACGGGACGGCAGAGCGGCACCCAGCCCUGCAGCCAGAGCCCUGAAAUCUAUCAUGAAGAAGCGGGACGGACCUCCUCGGAGCGAGGCUGAGGGGAGCAAGAAGAGCCUGCAGUUCGUGGGCGUGCUGAACGGGGAGUACGAAAGCACAUCCAGUGAGGAGGAGGAGGAAGAAGAGGAAGGAGACAGCUCCUCCGAGAAGGUUUCAGCUGACAGCUCUGACAGUGAGGAGCCGGGGGGCACCGACACCUCGGAGGAGGAAGAAGAGGAUGCUGAGGAUGGGGACGGACAAAGCGAGCUGAGCAGGCAGCAGGAGGGUGAGGGGGCCAGCACGGCCCCUCCAGAGCCCCCCGAGGUGAAGGAGAAGUUCGAGCUGAGCCCCAGGAUGCGGGAGGCCUGCCUCAUUGUUAAGACUCACCUGGGCCACCCCACAGCCACCAAGAGCAAGGAGGCGCUCGCCAGCAGCAGCCUGGUCCUGCAGGAGUGGUUCCGUCUGUCCAGCCAGAAGUCAUCCAUCCCCGACACGGUUGCCAACCACCUCCUGGCCUUUGCUGAGCUCUCACCGGCCCUCCUGGCCCACGUGGUCAACCUGGCCGAUGGGAAUGGCAACACAGCCCUGCACUACAGCGUCUCCCACUCCAACUUCCACAUUGUGAAGCUGCUGCUGGACACAGGGGUCUGCAAUGUGGACCACCAGAACAAAGCUGGUUACACAGCCCUCAUGCUGGCAGCUCUGGCGGCCGUGGAGCAGGAAGACGACAUGAAUGUGGUCAGGAGGCUCUUCAGCAUGGGCAACGUCAACGCCAAGGCCAGCCAGGCCGGCCAGACAGCACUGAUGUUGGCCGUCAGCCACGGGCGGCAGGAGAUGGUGGAAGCCCUGCUGGCCUGCGGAGCCGACGUGAACCUGCAGGAUGAGGAAGGCUCGACUGCACUCAUGUGUGCCUGCGAGCACGGCCGCGUGGAGACUGUGAAGCUGUUGCUGGCUCAGCCCACCUGCGACGUUUCCAUCGUGGACAGUGAUGGUAACAACGCUGUCACCAUCGCGCUGGAGGCAGGACACAGCAACAUUGCAGUGCUCCUGUAUGCCCACCUCAACGGGACGAAGGCACAGCCUCAGCAGGGGACGUCAACAGCGGGCACCAAGAGCCCUGUGAGCCCAAAGAAACCAAAUUAGAGUGACCUUUGGAUCCGGCUGCGUGCCAGCGGGCCGCCAUCAGAGCCAGGCUGUCACUUGUCCCCCUUCCUGCUGCUCCUUCGCGUGCUGAAUCGCUCCCUGAGGCUGCGGAUGUUUUCCAUCUCCGCUCGACAGAGCAGGCACUGUCCUGGGCCUCAGUGCAGGAAGUGUCCCGCUGCAGCUGCAGGAGCUCUGCAGGGCUGUGGGAGGGCAGGCAGCAGCAGCAGUGGGAGAGGGGACACGGAGCAGCUGCCUUGCGGCCACAGGAGCAUUUGCAGACUGAAAUAUGCGCUCGUCUUUCCUGGCAUUUCCUUUCCCAACAGAAACCUGGCUCUUCUCUAACACAUGCACACAAAAGAAAAAAUUAUAUAUAUAUACACACACACUAAGCAAUAUAUAUAUAUAUAUAUAAAGUUGAACAUCAAAUCACUCCAUGAUUUGAUUUGCUCAACGGGAGCCAAAACUUCUGGGUGCUCAGGGUUGCAGCCGAGCUGACAGAAGAGAUGAGAGCCACAGCUGCAUUUAGGGACUGAGACUGCCCAGCCUGCGCCAGGAGCCACAGAGAUGAGAGUCAGCCCACAAGCAUUUCCCAUUUUGAAAGUCCCACAGCCACCAACCAUCCGGGGGCCGUCGCUGCCUUCACAAGCCUGCUUGCCCUCCCCAAGGGGAGGAGCAGGGCUGCUAGCUCCAGAAAUAGAGCAGCAAGAAGAGCUCACAGAGAGCCUAGGGCCUGCAGAGAUGGACACGGACGUAGGAAUGUGUCUGUGCAAGUGUGCGUGUGCCAGGCAGGGUGGGAACAGACAAGGUGAGGACGAGGACUGGCAGCAAACAGAACAAGAAGGCUUUUGCAUGCGAAGCAGGCCCUGCUCUAAGGUAAGCGAUGCUGCAGCCCCCACUGCUGCCCCUUGGCUCCUCUUCCUCCACUGAGGCACACAAGGCCGGCUCUGAGCCAGCUCACAGGCUGGGAAAUGCUCCCAGGAGAGCUGCUCCGGGCAGCACAGCGCUGUUCUCACCUUGUUUCGGCUUUGCACUGAAGUUACUACACGAUGCUUGCAGCCACUCUCCAGUACACCGCUCUGUAUGUACUCCAUACUCACCGCUUUUGUUUCACACAUCUGUUUACUGACAUUUUUAUACUGGUGUUUAUUUUUAAGACAAAUAAAAUUUAAACUUAUUUUGAAAUAUUACAGCCACCAUCAA